GGCGCUGCCGGCUGGCCCCGGAACACGCUUAGUGGAGCGGAAGAUGGCGGCGGCCGCGGCGGAGGCCGCUGGAGCUGAGGUCGAGCAGAGGUGGAGGCAGCCCGGGCCCUGACCGGCUCCGGCUCCGGCUCCGUUUCCUGCUCCGGCUCCGGCUCCGGCUCCGGCUCCGGCUCCGGCUCCGGCUCUGGCUCCGGCUCUGGCUCCGCGGGCGCGCGCGGCGGGGACUCGGCGCUCCCCAGAGGAGGAGCGGGCGGGCGUCGCGGCGCCAGCGGCGGUCCCAGUCGAGGAGCUGCGGCAGCAGCAACAGCAGCGGCGGCGGCAGCAGCAGCAGCAGCAGCGAGCAGCCGGCGCGGGGCUUCCCCUGCGGGGCCCCCGCCUCGGGGCGGCGGUGGCAGCGGCCGCGGCGGCGAUGUUCUCGGUGCUGUCUUACGGCCGCCUGGUGGCCCGGGCCGUGCUGGGCGGCCUGGCGCAGACCGACCCCCGGGCGGGCGGCGGCGGUAGCGGCGGCGGCGGGGGAGCCGGCGGCGGCGGCGGCAGCAGCGGUGACUACGGGCUGGUGACAGCGGGCUGCGGCUUCGGCAAGGACUUCCGCAAGGGCCUGCUCAAGAAAGGCGUCUGCUACGGGGACGACGCCUGCUUCGUGGCCCGCCACCGCUCCGCGGACGUACUCGGGGUAGCAGAUGGUGUAGGAGGCUGGAGGGACUAUGGAGUUGAUCCGUCUCAGUUCUCAGGGACUUUAAUGCGAACGUGUGAACGCUUAGUAAAAGAAGGCCGGUUCAUCCCAAGUAAUCCUGUUGGAAUUCUCACCACAAGUUACUGUGAGCUACUGCAAAAUAAAAUACCUUUGCUCGGAAGCAGCACUGCCUGCAUAGUCGUUUUGGAUAGGACAAGCCAUCGCUUGCACACAGCCAACCUGGGAGAUUCGGGCUUUCUGGUAGUUCGAGGAGGGGAGGUGGUCCACCGAUCGGACGAGCAGCAGCACUACUUCAACACUCCAUUUCAGCUUUCGAUAGCACCUCCCGAAGCAGAAGGUGUCGUCCUCAGUGACAGCCCAGAUGCUGCUGACAGCACUUCUUUUGACGUCCAGUUAGGUGACAUCAUCCUGACAGCGACAGACGGGCUUUUUGACAACAUGCCCGAUUAUAUGAUCCUCCAGGAGCUGAAAAAGUUAAAGAAUUCAAAUUAUGAGAGUAUACAACAGACUGCAAGAAGCAUUGCUGAGCAAGCUCACGAGCUGGCGUAUGACCCAAAUUACAUGUCACCUUUUGCCCAGUUUGCAUGUGACAACGGAUUGAAUGUGAGAGGAGGAAAACCCGAUGACAUCACUGUCCUCCUUUCCAUCGUAGCUGAGUAUACAGACUAACUCACCUCAAUGUCAACCUCUGACUUUCCUCUUCCCUGUCUGUGGACUGUUCCUGCUGGCAGGACCGCGUUUUCCUUUGCCGCUGAUCUCAAUGGCCAGUGAUUUGCGCCUGUCGCCUGUCUUUUUACAAUCCAGUUGAGAUCCUUGUUACGAACCACUACUGUCAUACUACUUGCUCGUGUCUGCCAGCAACAACUGAAGAAAACGCAAGACUUGAAGCUUGUCCUUCAUCGCUAGUUAUCCUUUGUGGGGAGAGGUGGAAGGAAGACCUUCAGAGCCAAAUAAAUGGCUGCUGCUUUUCAGAAUUCAGUCGGUGAAGUAUUGAAAAUGAGUAAUGUUGGUAGAUUGUAAUUGAAAACUAGAAUGUGUAAAAUUUAUUUUUUAAAAAUACCACCACAAAUCAUAUACUACGACAUCUUCUAGAAAAAUGCAUUACUCGUUGAAGGAAAUGUUACACAUGAACCUUCACAUGCAUAGUCUGUUGUUGUAAGAUGAUAGAGUAUGUCUGUGUGUUUCUGGUAUAACCCCCUAUUUUUCAGGGGCUUAUAAUUCUGCUGUAAAACAUUGCUCUGAAUUCAUUUUAAGCUCUGGAUUCAUCUUAAAAGUCUUGAGCCCAAGAGCCCUUUUAUUACAAAAUUGAGAGAAAAAUCAGUUUAAACUCUGUGGAUGCAAAUGUGCUUGUGCUUUUAAAAAAGAUGCUUAAAUUGUGCUCCAUUGACUAAAAUUUUAGUAGCUCAUUAGUCCAGAUAAAAUGGGCUUAUGGGACAGUUUUAAAAAGCUAUGAGGGUUAGGAGCAGGAGAGGGGAGACGCUCCUUGCCAAGUUUAAUUGGAGGUCAGGAGAGAAGAAAUGUUAUUUUUAAGGUUGUGAAAAAACUCUUUCUUUAAAGCCCAGAGAUUUAAAAUUAUGGCUGAAACCCUACUCAUCUGUCUGAAUGUGUUGUAGGGAAGUAUGCCAAUGUCUCUGAGAAAGAAUAGUAGACUUGAUGGAGGGCUGGGGACUUGAAAAUGCUGGCCAUGACCGUGAAUUGUGUUGGCUUCUGGUUACGUAGACCUUGUUAAGACCCACUUUGUGUAGCACACACUGCAUCAUAUUUAAGUUCAUCCAUGUCAGCAAACACUUUGUGUGAUGACAAAAGCACUUAAAGGCCCCCAAAAAAAAAUUCUUUGUGAAAAUCUGGCAUUUGAAGUUUCCCCUAAAAGGAAUCUAGGGAUGUCAGAUUCCAACUUAAUGUUUACAGUUUCUUAAUAGCCAUUUACAAUACUGUUUCCACUUAAAUUAUCCAGCAUCCGGAUUCUCCAUUAUCUGCAAGCUCACAUUUAUUUUGGAGGCUCAUUUAAAAGAUGACUGCUGUAAAGAUAUAUUUUUGGGUCAGUUUUCUUUUUUCCAUUAACUUGGUGGUAGAAAGAUAUAUCCUUAGAAAUCCUUAAAUUAAAGCCAUGUUUUAUAUACAUAUAUAUAUUAAAAAAGUCAGGUAACAUUGGUGUUUAGAUGAGAAUGCAAUUAAACCAGAUAAGUAUCUACUUGAGGAGAAAUGUAGAAAGUCUCUUUUCCUCUAAAGAUCUUACUCUGUCUGGUUUAUUGCAUUAAAACUGUUAUGUUUGAGGUUACCUCAACUGGUUUUAAAAGAUUUUUUUUUGUGAAGUUGUACUGUAUAUUUGCAAAACUGUAUGUCAGGCUUUGGUUUUAUUUAAAAAUUGUUUAACAUGUACCAUGUACAUGUCAUUACUAUAUUUCAAAGCAUCAUGCUUGUAACAGGCAUUUCAUUUAUAAUGAGAAUGAGUUAUUCAUUUGUAAGCCGUUCAGUAAUUUAUCUACUAUUCCUAAAUUGGCAUAAUGUUAGAUAUAUAUUUUGAAUCACCUUUAAUUACAUGUCAGAAUGCCUUAACUACCCUAACUUGAUAAAAAUAGCAUUCUUUGGUAGAGGGGGGUUGGGGGGUGGGGAGGGAGUGUUAGAGUAACGAGAAAUUGUAGUGCUGUGAUAAAACAUGGAAGAGUGAGUGUGGCACGUGGCGGGUAUUUAUUUUGCACAAACUAUUUGCAGUCUAUAUGUUUUUAAGAAACAGAAGGAUGCAUCCAGAUGGAUUUUUUUUUUGAAAGGAAUAUAUUCAUAUUUAGGCUGAUGGCUUAAAUUUCUUUUGUUUGGGGUUUCAAAUUUUCUCUGGUCUGAGGCAUUUGGCCUUGUGAUCUGAAUGUUUUUGCAUUAAUUUUCCAAUGCCUACAAUUUUGGUUCCUGGGAAAAGGAGAGCUGGCAAAUUACUGGCUACUCUCUGCUCAGAUGUAACCCCAAACAGUCUUUAUAGAGCUAGACAGGUAGCAUUUUAUGCAGUUUACUUAAUCAGCUUAAAGUCUUGCUUGACAAAUGGUUGCUACAGAAUAAAAUUGACAAUUUGUUCCCGUAAUGUUGAGAGGAGUUCUACAGUGGAAAUGCCCUAGUACUUAACCUACAGAUUAAUGCCCCAAAGUCCUUUCUCCCUCUUUGUCCCUCUCUUCCCCAGUCUUCCCUGUGCUAUGUUAUAUCCACUCUUUUGUAACUGUUAGGGGGUUAUCAAUCAGCUACUGCUCUCCCCCUUUCCCUCAGUGGUUCAAGAUAGUUUGACCCUUUGGGGGAAUCCUAGGUCCUGGGGAAUGACUGCCUGAACUGUGCCACUUUGUAAGUGUGACUCUAAACCUGAUGUUUGUGCUAAUGAUAGCUUAAAUCAAACAGUAGAAGUGAAGCCAUUUGCCUCAUGGAAUGGACUUUUGUAGCAAAAGAGAAAAUUUGGAUUUUUAAUUUACAAAUUACAAAUUCUUUAUCCCUCACUGGAUGCACCAAAGACCAGUAAAGUUUAUAGCUUUUCCAUCUAUAUUUAUAAAGCAAUACUGUAUUAUAAAGAAUUAAUAUUUUUAUCACAUGCUUGAAAAUUUUAUUUUGUUCUGUUUGAAAAUGUGCACUCUAAACAUAUCAAAACCUUAUUUCUUCCUAUGAACUUAAGCUGCCUGCGCACAAAAAAAAUCUACUGAAUGGAGAUACAGUGGGGUCCAUGUGCUUUUUUUUUUUUAAAGCCCAGGGUAGAGGGGAGAAGAAAAAUAAGGGGAAAAACAGUAAAUUUUUUUUGUCCUGUAAUAGGGUAAUGUAGUGGCUUGACAUGAUUGAUGGGUACUAAACCACAAAGAGAAUCCAUUCCAGGUAUGUUUGUUUGGGGGUUGUACUUGUCUAAAAUAUUAGGUUCAGUGCUUUGCUUGAUGGAUUUCCUCCAUCGGGAGGAACUGUUCUGACGCAAACAGCCCAUACCAAGUAACAAGACAGGGAGUGUGGGAUUUCUUUGGGGAAAGUCAAUGUUAAGGAUGUGUAGAUAAGAAGGGCUCGGACUACAUACAAAAUGUCUUUGCUUUCAGAUGUCAGAGAUUCCUUGUCACCUUAUUUGCUGUCUUUUGUUCAAACUAUCACAUCCAAUUUCCCUGGGGGAAGAAAAGUAAUAUGUGUUUUGUACUUAAGGAAAAAAGCUAAUGUAAGAAAUCAGAAUGUGAUUCCAUCGAUAGAACUGAGAACUAACAUGAGAUUUGGAUUCAAACCAUAGGACAUUAGGGGGAAAGUUCCAAACUGAAAAUCGGCUGUUUCUGUUCAGAGAUUACAACUGGGUCAGAUGGCUUAUUGCAAAGUUGGCUAAAAUAACAAGGCAAAAUCGAAUCUGUACCUGUACUAAUGAGAUGGUUUUUUCUUUUGAGACUAUCAUUACCUGUCUUACAAGAGGCAAGUACCUGAAUUGGAUGUCUGAAGUAUAACUUAUGCAGGAAUAGUUCUGUACAUACAUUUAAAUAAACUGUAAAGAUAUUUAAUAAAUAUA